UUGCGAGGUACAACUUUAAAGCCAGAAAAUUAUGGAGUAUGAAGAUGAAGCCAACAAAUACAACACAUCCGAAAUUGAUUGGGGUGAGGAACCGUAUGAUUCAUGGGAAGGAGGAGGAGCAUACGAAGACCAGUCAUGCUAUGGAGAAACUGAUCCUUAUAUUAGUUAUGGAAGUGCCCCAGCAUGUGAAGAAGAAGACUCACAGAUCGAAGGUGCUGCUUCCCAAAUCAGUCAUGGAGAUGAAUAUGAGAAUUCUGAAAGAGAUGACCAUGACGGAGAUUCAUGGCAGGGAGAGACUGAAUCCCAGCUCAGUCAAGGAGAGGGGGACCACGAAAGUGAGCAAGAUCAUAGAGAGUUCACUUAUGCAGGAGAUCAUGAUCAGUUCAUAGAACAAUACCAAAAACGUUGGUAUGAAGAAACUGAUUCUCAAAUCAGUUCAGAAGAUGGUGAUCCAUAUGAUGAUGAGCCUUGGAACGUGGGAGUUGAUCCAAAAGAAGGUUAUGUUGAUAAAUUGGAGAUUGAAGAACAGGUUCAAGAACCAAAUAAAGCAAACAUCAACUACACCAUGGAAGAUGAGUCUUGUGGUGAGCCAACAGAUGAUGAAGCAGCUUGUGAGCCAUGUCACAUCUACUUUUCAGGUCAUGAUCAAGGACCAGAAGCUUACCUACAAUGGGAGAACGAAAUGGAAUACUGGAUGCGGUCCAACAACAUUCCUAAGGAGGAGAGACUAUCAUAUGCAAAUUGACUCAUUUGUUGGAGAAGCUACCACCUGGUGGCGACAGGAAGAAGCUCUAAACUACUACCAUAAUCCAGUUCGCAGUUGGGGUGAUCUAAAGCAGCGUAUGCACAGAGAGUUCGUACAGAAGUUCUACAACCGCAACUACACUCCCAAGAAGCUUUUGUUCCAAGCAACUACAAAAGGUUGGAUAUCAAAACCACCGCUUGUCCCUAAGCACAAGCACGCCUACUGUCCUGAGCCAAAGAAAGUGUUUCAAAACACUUUGGAGAAGAAGUCAAAUGCUGAGAAACCAGUGGUAACUACAGAAGUUAAACCAAAUUUAAACCCACCACUCACAGCUCACAAGGGAAGCACAAAAUCGACACUUGAGCCACAAGACAAAGCAAAGCAAUGUAAGUCUUCUAAAACUCUUAUGAUAGAUACCAAAAUCUGUUAUAGAUGUCAUCAGAGAGGACAUUUUGCUAAGACAUGCCCAUCUAGAGAAUUAGAGAUUAGUUCAUCAGUUGAACCAGAAAAAGAAGAAGCUAGAAAAAUAGAAAAAGAUGAGUUGCAUUUUAAAAUUUCCAAUUCAGAUAUGAUUUGCUUGUCUUUGCCAAAGGUUUUUGAUGCAGGUUUAAAUCAUGGAGAGCAGCACUAUGAAGAGAUAGAUAUGUGUCAGCCUACUCCUGAGAAAGAUGAAGUUGUUACCAACUUCACUCUGAUCCAACCAGAGCCACCAGAUAACAUGUUAACUCCAAAUGUCGUGGCAAUAAAGGAAACAGAACUAAACGAUAGUUCUACUCAGAGACAUGUGAGAAAGAACCCAUCUCUUAUUUUAAACAACAAAACUGUGAACAAUAUGAUGCUUUGCAAAAGGUUAAUGAAAUGGUUAAACCUAGAUCAUGUUUCUGUGUUUCUUGUACUACCAUGACUGCCAUAACGCACUUGUCUUCUGUCAAAAGUGUCAAAGAUCUUGCAGGUACAGAAGAGAUUUUACAAAAAUCCAAACCACCAAGCUUUAGUGGAGACACACCACGUGAAUAUGAAGUUUUCACCAAGACGACUACGUUGCUGCC